AGCUAAGUCCAGGAAAAUCAGCAAUUGAAAAAUGUCAUUUUUUGUAAAAGUGAACUUAGCACUGUUUGGUUUUGAGGUGUCGAUAUAUGCUAAUUUAUUUGAAUACGUUUGAAACAUUCAUGCAUGACCAAGUGUGCAACUUGAGAAAAUUUUCGGUGUGUCACAGGAUAUUAAUUUAUUUCCUAAAAAUUACUUUUGUGCCUUUAUGUUACGUUUUGGUUUAAAACCGCGGUUCCCAACCAUUUAUAGUUCAUGUCCCCUUGUUUAUCAUUACAUUGGUAUUUCUGUAUUUAUAUUGUUAUUUUCAUUGAUUUCAAAUCCCAUUAUGUUCAAACAAUUCAUGCUCAACAAAGAGAAAACACUCUGAAAUGACCCCAUCAAAGCAAUGAAACUAGGAAGAAUGGGGAAGAAUGUUUCUUGUGAAGGGAAAAAGUGAAAUCUGUUUUGCGCCUAGCGUUACCCCCCUAAAACUGCGCUGUGGCCCCCGUUACGAAUUGCUGGUUUAGAACUUGUCACAAAAUGUUAAAUAAAAUCUAUUUAAAUACUGUCGAGUCGUGAAGCACGAUUCUCAAAUAUCAGACAUCCAGUCACAUAAUCUUUUAUACAGUGCAUCCAAUAAAUUUUUGCCUGAUUUUACAGUAAUAACAAUUGUAAGUUUAAUAAAUUUUAUUGUAUGAUAAUUGAUAAAUAAGAACUACAAGCACAUUAAGAACUUAAUAAACAGAGACAAAGAAAUUUUUGAUUGCUAUUACUAUUAAAUCAGGCGAAAUUUUUUGAACACCCUGUAUUCCCAAAAGAACAGUUGUGUUUCACACACAUUCAAUUCUAGAUAUUUUGAAACCUUUUUUGAUGUAAUUUAUUGUUAAAUAAAAUCAAAUUUUAUUGCGCCAGGAUUUGCUUUUCCGAACUGUACUGUUCAUUUUCCGUAUGUGAGCAAUCGAAGAAUUAAUCAAUUUAAUGACAUUGUAUUUUUUGCCUGUAGUGAAAUAAACAUCAAAAAAAUUUUUGAUUAAAAAUAUUAAAUGUCGGACGCUGAGGUGGAAGUUAUAGAAGUAAAAGCGUCCAAUACGUUAGUUCCAAAUCUUACAAUAUCUGUAGACCAAGAUGAAAAUCAGGGCGAUGAACCCAUUGUUGAAUUCCAGGAAGAAGAUGAGGAAGUUACAGAGGUCAAAGAGGAAAAAGAUUCUGUAGAGUUCAAGCUUGAAACAAAGUCAUUCCCUCACACAAAGAUCUAUGAAAACAAAUUAUUGAAAGAAAUGGGUCUGACAGCUGAGGAAGCCAAACUUCGAAAGCAAACUCGUGCCCAAAGGUUCCAAUCUCCGUUGUUACGAGGAGAGAUUGAACCUGAGGAUAAUGAGUUAGACGCCGUAAAAAAUCUCAUCGCGAAAAUUGAGAAAAUGAAUGAAGAAGGAGAUAUUUUAAAGUCAAUCAGACUCGACGCCAUUCAUCUUCGAGGACUUGAUGACAUGAGUACGGAGGAUAUUUUCAGUUUUUUCAGCGACCAUUUUCCCUCCCACAUCGAGUGGAUUGAUGACACGUCGUGUAAUGUUGUUUGGAAAGAUACUGAAUCUGCGGCCUCUGCUUUAUUAAAAAUGACAAAACCUUAUAAAUCGAGAACAAAAUCACAAGAUGGAGCUAAUGAGUCUGAUAAAACUAAGGAGGGUUCUGAAACGAAGGGAGAAGCUAAAGAUGAAGAUGAUGACUUAGACUUAAUGGAAACCGAUGAAGAAAUGGAAGUUGAUGAGGGGAACACUGAAAAAGAUUCGGAGCAAAAGCAAUUGGAUAAAGUUAAUGGAGAUUUCAAAAAUGAAUUACGAAGAUGCAAGCGUCCUUUCUUGAAAGGCGAGAGAAAAGUUUUACUGAAAAUGAGACUCGCUAACGUAAACGAUAAAAAAACACUAGGUGGGGCUAAGAAAAGCCACUAUUAUCGUCGAUAUGGAAAUCCAAAUUACGGCAACAUGCGUGGACUAUUAAGUCGCUCAUUCAUGAAAAGGUAUCAUGGAAGGGUAGCCAAGCGUGAAUAUUCUGGCUACAAGCCAGAAACUGAUGAAGCGGAACAUGACAUAGAAGAAGAACAUGAAUCAGCAAAAAAAUAUGCAACUAAGAAACGACAAAUGUAUAGUGAGGAGGAAUGGUCAAAUGCUAAGAAAGCCCGAAAAAAUGAUGGGGAGACAUCUAGUGGAUCGUCUGAAAGUGAGUCAGAAGAAGACAAUGAAAAGGAAGACAGGGAUCUUAUCAAUAGUUCAGCUAAAGAUCUCGAUGACGCAAUCCCAGUACAAAACAACGAAGAUUCGUUCGAAAUUACUGAAGAAGACACAAUGAGAGCAGAUCGAAUUGCAAAGAAAAUCGAAGCUGCUCGACGGAGUCAAGAAAACGCGUCUCUGAGUGGAAAUUUGAACGUGCAAGUCCGGGGAAAUAGCGUUUGGGGUCGACUGGGUAAAAAGCCUGACCCUGAUGUCAAUCAAGUUGCAAUUACAAUUAAAAAUGAACGGAAAGAAAGAAGUUUACGUCAAGAUGUAGAAAUAAAAAACAAAUUACCGAAAUCACUGCAAAAUCGAUUGGGGUCCAAAAGAAGCUGAGGGCGUGUCCUUCUAUAAACGCCUCCGCAAUCUGGGGUUCUAGAAAUGAUGUACAUUUACUUGUUGGGGGUAAAUGUUGCCAUGUUUUCACCACAGAGAGUCUAGUGACAUUAUUUUAGAUCAGUUAUUUUCAAGCUUUUUAAGUGGGGACUCCAUUUUAGAUUUUGUGUAGUCUCGGGCCUCACCUCGAAAAUGACUAGCUAACAAUAAGCUACAAAUAAUAGAUAGUGAGGCGAAAGUAUGUUUUAUUCAAAAAAAACUUUUGAAAAUACGUGGAUGGAACGUAAAUAUCCAAAAUAAGGCGGGCAAGAUCAAAUCUGACGAAUAUGUUUUUAAUUAGCUUCACGACCCCUCAAAAAUUGUUUACGCUCCACCGCUCGAGAACUACCGUUUUAGAUUAAGACUGGAAUACCUGACUGCUUGGCUACUGCCAUUCUCAAAAUGAGAAUCUCUGGUUACCAAAUGAUAACUCACCUUUUUGUCUAUUCAGCAGCAGUUUUUUUUAUGUUUAGCACAUGGAAUAAAGCAGUAGAUUGGUGCAGAUCGCAAAGUCGUUUGUAACUUGUUUUUGCAGUUUGUAUGUCUCGUGCUGAAGUCGCAGUGAUUAUUUUUCAAUUUCUUAACUUUUUCUACAUUUAAUGACCAAUUCAAUCUUUGAUAAAAUCAUAAAUUUGCAGA